AUGUCCGCCAAAAGAGCCGCCGAAUUGAAUACGGGAUACCCGAUAUUUGGCAUCAAGUUUCUCGACAAUAAGACCGUUUUGGCCGUCGGUGGCGGAGGUGAGGGCAAAAACGGCAUUCCAAACAAAAUCACCGCUGUCAAGUGCAGCCUAAAAGUUGCAGACAAGAAUAGAAGAUUACAGAAGUACAGAGAAAUCACUUUGCCUCAGAAUGAAGACUCUCCCAUGUGCGUGGAGACAACGAGAUCCUCGGGAGACGACGGGUUCACUCACUCCAUUUUUGUUGGCUGCAACCAAUCAUCUGCAUUGAUCAAAAACAUGAAUGUGAACAACAACUUGAGAAAAUACGGUUUCACCGAAGAAGAGCACUUGAAGUUUUUGGACGCAGUGCAGUUUGACCACACUGUUCUGGCUGAGUCGAUUGGCACUUAUCCAAAGUUGAUCAGCUUGUCCCCUGAAAGUGAGGUUGGUGCCUUCAUGACAUCGCUGGACCCUUCCGAUGUGUAUAUUUAUAGGCCAGACUCUCUUGAGUUGGUGGCCAAGGUUCGUUCAUCCAGUGCGGGCGAAAUCAGAGACCUUCAGGUGAGCCCUCAUGAUGGAGGGAGGUUUCUGUGCUUAGUUACUUCUUCCUCAGUGGAGGUGAUCAACAAUGGGGACGGCAGCGUGGUGUCAGUUUCCUCACAAAAAGCCGAUAAAAAAUCGCAAAAAAUCUUGGCCAAGUAUAGUUUGUCCAAAGUUCGCUUUUUCAAGAACGAUACCGUUGUCAUCACUGCUUCUUUGAGAUCAGGCAAAGGUUCAGCGAUCCUACGCUACGACAUCACCAAUCACAAAGUAAUAAGCGAGGCCCGCAUUUUGAAGAAGAAUGCCAUUGUUGUUGCAUUGGACAUUUCUUUGGCGCAGAAUCUUGUUGCAGUGGCCCAUAAUGAUAUUACUGUGACAUUAAUUAGAUUGUCUGACUUUAAAAUCCUUUCGACGAUACCCAAAUUGCAUCAGUUUGCUAUUACAAGCUUGAGUUUUUCACCCAGUGGCACCAAAUUAGCUACCGGCAGUGCUUCUCAAACUUUGAACGUCAUGCCCAUCCCGCCUAACUAUGCAGCCGGUUCCUCAUUAAUGUGGUCAUUUUUCAAAUUCCUAAUGUUUAUUUUUGUCAUUUUUGCUGGUGUUAUUUUGCAGCAAGGACUUCAGGCCGGCCAGCUUGAUCCUUACAUCGACAUGAUCGAACAGCACAUAGGCCCUAUUGAUCAUUACGUCGAACUCACUAAAAAACAUGGAGGCAAUUUCAUGAUCAAGGCUCAAGAAUACGGUGUAGUGGCAGCUGAGUUGUCGCAGAAGUACGGUAGUGAGUAUCUUGAUAAAGCGCAAAUCUACGGGAAAAUUGGGUACGAAGUUCUUAAGGAGAAGUCAGCAUAUGGAAUUGAUUUAAUCAAGGAGAAGAUGAACAAGGAUAAGCCAGAUGACCAAGAGAACACCAAGCCGUACUUCACAAUGAGUGCAUGGGAAGACAACCCAGAGAAUUUAGUGGAAACAGAGACCGCAACAACUGCAAACAUCCCCAAUGACACACUCAAUGAUAUUGUGUCGGAGGUCACCAAGGAUGUUGACCACCUCACUAAUGUUGAUGGUGAAAUUGACAGAAGCUCCAUUAUUGAAGAGGCUGUGCAGCUUGACACAGAUGUAAGUUUCAAGGUGUCUGCAGAGACUGUGACUUUGGAGGACGCUCAAGAGAGUCAUUCAACUGAGAGUGUUGGUGGAUCUGAAAUCAGUGAAAUCAUAGAUACUAUAAGUGAAGGUGCCUCCUCCUUCGCUACUCAGACUGCAUCCUCUGUUUUUCCAGAUAAGGACCUUGACAACUUUUCGGAAAGUUCUGCUUCCAUUGAGGAUGAUGAUAAUUCAUCUCUCACUACGGAAGAGCAGAAUGUCGCUGAUUCUGAUGUGUCUACACAGUCAGUGCAAGAGACGACUUCAAACGAAGAUAUCCGAACCUCGAGUGACGUCUUUGUUGAGGUCGAGCCUGAGAUGGUAAAUGAGAAUUCUGCAUCUUAUUCUUCGGUAGAACCAGAGGAGACCACGGCUUUCGAAGCAGCUGCAAACGGUUCAGUUGAGCAGCCCAGUACCGAGGUGACUCAAGCAGAGUCAACAAAAUCAGAGCAGCUAAGCUCGGUGGAGUCUGUGAGUAUUAUUGCCGAGCUUUUUUCGGAAACGACUCACGAAGAAUCCGACAUCAGUGCGACUAGCUUGACGAAAGAACAUACAUCGUCUUCAACUUUUGUCGAAGGUCCAAGCACGUCAUCUGAGUCGGUGCCUGAAAUUGUUGAUGAGCGUUGGGUGGAUGAUUCGACUCCAUUCUUGGAGAAUGACACGUCAUCUUUGAUCGACGAAAAAAGUGCACUGACUUCUCAAGAAUUUGACCUUUCAUCUGAGGAAGAGGCGUCAGUCGCCGAGCCAGCUGCUGAGACAACAGACACAGUAGACUUCACCGAGACUGUCGAAGUGGAGAAAUCAGAUACCAAAAUUUCUGUGACUGAAGGGUCCAGUGAAUCGCAAGUGCCAAGCCUUGAGACUCUGUCUUCUGCCACUUUAGAAGCUUCAUCUAGAGCAUCAGACUCCCCUGCCAAAUCUGAGGCUAAAUCGGAUUCUACAACCUCUAGGAAUUCUGAUACCUCAGUGUCCCCAGAAAGUGCCUCGUCGAGUGCAUCUUCGGAGACUGCUUCUGAAUCUCCUGCAACUGCAACUUCCUCAGCUCCCUCGACUUCUUCAGCUCCUACAACUUCUUCAUCUGCAGUGACCAACUCUGUAGAGUCCUCAGAAGUCACCAAACUGUCCUCCACAACAUCUGCAACUACCUCAUUACCCAGCGCUACAACAGCACAUGACGAACUUUAA